UAAAUAAUAGUAAGAUUUGUGCAAUUAUUUACUGUGAUAUUAGUUUUGAAAAAUUGUAUUGUGGAAUUAGGAAGCCCGGUAUCGCAAAUACAUUUUUCUUAGUUUGAUGUGUAAUUGUCAUUUUGUAAUUUGCAGAAAAUUUUCUGUCUCCGGAAACAUUUAUAAUAUACGCGAUUCUAUUUAUAAUUUUGCAACUACUAUCAUGGGUCCCCAAAUUUACAAUUUUGUCUGGCCUAUUAUAAUGCAAUUGUGUUCUUUCAAAAUGUUAUGGAUCUUCUAUUUCAUCGUUUCUUGCAUCACAACUUUUCUCAUGGUUAUGUACAAGAGUCGCGAGGACGAGUUAAAAGAAUCCAUUUUACCCAAUGAUAAUAAAGACCAUAAACCAACAUCCGGUGAAGUAAUCAAAAUUGUAUGUGAUAAAUUGCAUGCAUUGUCGGAAAAAUUGGCAGCGAAAGAACACACGUUGAAGGAGUCGAUAAAGAGUACAGAAAAAGUAUUGAACGAUAUCGACAAUAAAAGUGUAUCGAUGAUCGAAGAUCGAUAUAGAGACCUGAUGAUUGAUUUAAAGAAAAAUCUUAUGAAAACCGAACAAGAGGUAAAAAGUUUACAAGAUGAAGUCACAAGUUUAUCUCUGCGUCGUGAAAAUCUUAAGAACGACGUUUUGAAGCAACAAGAAGACUAUCAUAAAAUGCUAGCUACGUUUAACAAGGAUUUGGAAAGCAACAAUGGACAACCGAAGUGCAGUAAUUUUAAAGUUCCAACGACUUUGAGAUGCACUUAUACGUCUGAUAAUCAUUCUCGAUCAACAAUUCGCUCGAAAGUGGAUCGAUUGUAAAUAUGUAUACCUUUUUCUCAAUAUUUCUAUACUUCACAUGACAAUCGUCGGAUUUAAAUCUAUUAAAAUUUCCUGAUAUAAACUGUAUCGUGAUGUUUGAAUUUUGUUAAGUAAAUGGCACAAUAUAUGGAUACAACUUUAUCAAUCUUAUAUUUAUUAAUAAAAAUUACCUUUGUAUUCGAAUGAAAUAUAUCGAAUCUUACAAUAAUUGAGUAAUUCAUAAUAAAACACAUUACAUUCGUGAAUGUUAUGUCUUAUGCGUAACGCAAUUUC